ACUUCCUAAAUAUCCCCCAUAUAUAUGGGAUUAGACAAAUCGUCAGCUUCCUUUCCAAAAAUACAGGAUGCCUUCUACUCCAGAUCUCGAUAUUAAACGUUCCAAUUUCUUGUCAGUUCAACAUUCCAACUCCUCAUCAGAUCUUGUUGAGUCACCGUCAAUUGCACCUCACGUGGUACUUUGUCUUCUAGGAGUUGCUGGCAAUGGUAUUGCCGUCAUCAUAGUGUGUUGCUCUGUGAAGCAGCAUCAGUGGCGGCCAUUUUAUCGCUUUGUGUUUGGACUUGCGGUGACAGAUGGCUUCGGUGUGAUGUUGGCGCUACCUUUUGCUAUCGUUAGAUACGCAACACACUUCGAGUAUAGCUAUUCACAAACUGUAUGUGAUUAUAUGGCUGUCAUUCAAAUGUUUACAAUAAUGGCUUCUGCAAUGAUCGUAUGCACAAUGUCCCUGGAACGAUUCUUUGCUCUGAUAUUUCCAUACAAGUUUCAGUAUUUGACAAAAGAAGCUCGAAGCAUCGUAAUAUUAAUAUGUAUUUGGGUGGUAUCUGCUUUCCUAUCGUCUGGUCAUCUGAUGGCGGGAAGACCCAGUAAACGAUUUUAUCCGGAUUCGUGGUGUUUCGUUAAUUUUGAGUCCCAAGAGGCAACAGAUCGAGGAUUUUCCUACCUGUAUGUUUUGAAUAAACAUACCCGGAAAACAAGGGACGAUCACUUUCUCUGGAAAAAGUUUUACUGCAAUGUAAAUUUGCCCUUAUAUGCUGGUUAUCCCUCGCUCUUGAGAAGACAUACUUUUAUUGCUGCAAUGUCGAGCACUAGUGAAUUCAAGGAUUUAUAUUGCUCGUCAGAUUUGUUUUAG